ACUAACAAACUUCAUUAAUAAAUACCUAAUAAUAAAUUUUAUGUAUUUUUUAAGAUUUUGAGUUAUUUUCUUAUUUUCGUUUCAAUAUUUUUUGUCUUAUCAGUUCUCAAGAGUGUCUUAUUUAGUUGUUUUAUCAAGUUUGGUGUGAAAUCUGUACUAUCAUAGAUAUUUUGUGAAACAUUAAUUUUGGGCAAUAUCUACAAACAUUAUUGUGCAUUUAUUAUUCUUACUAAAUUGAAAAUUAGAAUGAAAAUGAUUCAUUUAAAACCCUCAAUUUAUUACAAGUGAUGUUAUGAUUGUCGUAUCCCAGCGAAAUUAUCUUGAUAUAAAUAAAUGAAAUAAUGUCGACUUCAAUUGCUACAACAACAAAAAUGAGUGAAGAUUUGCAAAGUCAAACAAGUCGCUAUCAGCAAUUGCAACAGCGCAAAGAAGCACUUGAGAAGAAGCUCAACGAGAAAUAUGAGCAACUUCAUCAGAUUUGUCAAAAAGAGGCUACACUGAUUGGUAACAAUUUGGAUCUCAUUUCAACGCAUUCAGGUGCAACUACAUCACAAUCCACAUUAAGAAAGAAAGUAGGAAGCAGCUUUAGAGUGCCAGACUAUCAAAUAUUCAACGAUGAAGAAAUCAACAAACUUCUCCUUCAGCGCCAAAUGCAACAACAAAUUUCGCAGGCUUCGUUCCGCAUCGCUAAUGACCCUUUGCAAUCGAAAUCAAUUAGACGCACACAUAAACAGACAUACGAUGGAUCACAACAAAAGAUUUCACAAAUUAAUGAAAGCAUCAGUCUGAUUCAAAGGCACCAGCAAUCAACAACACGGCCAUUGUCACAAGACGACAUUGACUUGCAUCGAUGCGAGAAUCGUUUUGUAAAGAACACAUUAGCGAUGGUUGGCAACAAUCCGAAGAAUUUGCAUAUUUUAAAUGCAAGUAAUUUAAUGUCUGAACGAAGAAGCUCAAUGAAAUCAACCACAUCGUCAUUGGGAUCGUCAAACACUUUUAUAGUACAACCAUCGCCAUCAUCAGCAUCGUCUCUCACAUCCUUAAAAACAUUACCUAAUAAUAAUAUUAAUGGUAAUAUGGGAAGUCCAAGAGGACGUCAUGACACUCGAUUCGAUUAUGAAUUUCAUCAGCAAAAGAAUGAAUCACCGACUCCAUCAAACUUUUCUCUACAAAAUCCUCAAAACGUGAAUCAUCAAAUUCCAUUGUGCAGUCAAAGUCUGAAGAAUAUUAAGAUCAACAGCGAUAAUCAAUCGAUAAGUAGCCAAGACUAUUACAACAACAAUAUGAAUCAACAUAAUCAAUACUUUAACACCAGCAACAGUCAUCAUCAACUUUUGUCACCUCUCAGUCCGCCAUCGUCAAAUCGAAUACUUCAUCAAAGCGAAAAUAAAUUUAUUCAUCGAUUGCAUAGUUUUCAUCAACAAUAUCAACAUGAAAUGCAACAGCAACAGCAACAAGAUGAUUCAAUGAGGAUAAGACAACUUCAAAAAGCACAAACGCUCAACAAUAAUCAUCACAGUCCGAAUCAUUACACGCCAGCACAUUCAGCUGGUCUCGGUGGUUAUUGGACGAUUAAUCAGAAUAAUCAAAGAGUAUGGAUAUCUGAUAAUAAAUAUCCUUUGAGUCCACCACCGCCGACAAAUAUGUCAAAAAAAUCGAAUUCACUUGGGAACUUUGAGUUUAUGCACAAACAUGACAAUGAACAACAACAUGACUCAGUGAGCAUCUCGUCUGGAAACAGCAAUGAAAAUAAGAAAAAGGAGAAAGUUUGGUCUGAGACUUCACUUGAUGUUGAUCCUCCAAAGCAGUUAUAUCGUCCACGAGUUGAUUCUCCAACAACAACAUCAACAACCGUUGUUGAUCACAUAAAUAACAAUCAUCAGGUUUAUGAAAAUAUGCAAUCAUCACCAUCAUCGAAAAGUAUUCAACAGCAAAUCAUGUCACAACAUUUCCAACAGCAGCAGCAACAACAGCAGAACAAUUAUCCAUCAAUGACGUCUAAUGGUCAUCAAUUUAAAUCAAUUCAUCAUUCGGAGAACAUUUAUCUAAAUCCUUUGGCUAAUGCCAACAGUACGAAUCAUCAUCAUCAUCACCCUCCAAAUAUCCCACCCAAAUCAAAACUAAGAUAUUCUGAAUCGACGCGAUCAUCAAUCUCCAAUCGUGACAUUGAAAAUAAUAUUCUCGCUCAUAUGCAACAUACGCCACCGAUUCUUCAAGUUGAAUCACCUAAAAAUGUGACAAUAAUUCAAGAAGGUUCGUGGAAGCCUUACAAGGAAGAGAUUAAAAGCUAUGAGAUUUCUGAUUUCUACAAGUAUAGUCAGAAAUAUCGUCAACAACAAUCCUCUCAACAGAAGCAGAAUGCUGAUUGUUAACAUUUCCCCUCAUUGAUCUGCUCGAUCCUUCGUGCCCCCUACACAACCCUGAGGGGAUUUGACCUUCCAUACAAAACUCGGGAGGUUUAAGUUUAUGCUGUCUCGAGAAUUAUAAAUUAAUUGCCUCGUACCCCGACGGUUCGCACGGAUUUGACCUCCCAUACAAAAUGCACAUGCAAAAUUUCUCCGUGUCAGGAGAUUUAUUUCCGACCACGAGAUUUGCGAUUACAGCGCCGCCAAUUGGAAUAUAUUCCAAUUUCCCUCAGAGCUUUUGAUUAUUCAGAUUUUUAAUUUAGAAGUUCGUUUAAGAAUUAUUAUUCGUUUUUUUUCAUAAAUAUACGCAAGAUGCCUUAGAUAAAUAAAAUAUCUAAUGAAUAAUUUGAUAAGUCGC